AUGGGCAAACGAUUUCAGGGACUGUCCCUGCGGGCAAAUAAUGAGCAGGUCAAGACGCACAGUAUGGCCGCGAUCGGUGAGAUGGUCGGCACCGCCAUGUUCCUGUUCAUCACGAACGCACCGCUCGAUUCGCAGACUAUCAUGAUGAUUGCAACUGCGUUCGGCCUCUCCCUCCUGGUGACGGCCUGGAUGUUCUAUCGCAUUACGGGAGGACUCUUCAACCCGGCCAUCACCUUGGCGCUUUGGCUCAAUGGUGUGCUCACCACCUCUCGUGCAUUCUUCCUGUUGAUCGCUCAGCUACUCGGUGGCAUCAUCGCAUCCGCACUUGUCCUUGGUCUCACCCCGACUGGCACUUUCGGCAUCGAUAUAGUCAACACGACCAUCUCUGAUCAGGUCACCCAGGCACAAGGUGCCCUUCUUGAGUUCCUGGGAACUAGUGUCCUGGUCUUCGCAGUACUGAUGCUGGCCGUCGAAAAGCAUCGUGCAACAUACCUCGCGCCUGUUGGUAUAGGCCUCACCCUCUUCGUCCUGCACGUUUUCCUUGUUCCGUGGACCGGAUGCUCUCUGAACCCCGCACGUUCCUUAGGCCCUGCUGCAGUCGCAGGCAAGUUCCCGGCAAACCAUUGGAUCUACUGGAUCGCACCACUAGCUGGUGGCAUCAUGAGCAUGAUCUACCACCAAAUUCUCAAGGCUCUCAAGUACAAUUCCGCCGUCAUGGAUCAAGACUCUGAUCACGAGGUUAGCGGUCUCCGUCCGGUCCACAUGCGUGUAUUCAAAUUCCUUCGUGGCGACAAGGACUGGGAGGCACAAGCACCGUCCGAGCGCCACGGCAGGAAGCGAUACAUGUAG